AACGGUAAAACGCGCGAACGGCCCGGCUAGGCAAAACUACAGUUUGGCUGCCGCGCCGUCCCUCCAAUGCAGUGGAAGAAGUUCGUCAUUCCAGAGUGAUUUCAGCCUUGAAGCAAAGAGCACCAACAGUCGACCGCUACUUAGGUCCACAGAAAGGCCCCUUCUAUUGCGUCAUGCCAGUCUUUUGACUUCAGCUAUCGGUCGAAUAACGCUACCGCAAGUAGUCAUCGAUAGAAGAAAAUAGCAUCGUGCGCUCUUGCUUAGCACAGCCCAGUUUACCCAUCCGAGACUUCUGUCUGGAAGUUUACAACAGAUAAUAUAUUACAGUUUAUUCCAGUUCCGGUGAAACUAGAAUGUGGUACAUAAUGGGUGUAAUUGUUUAAACAGCAAUCUUGACAACUGAUAAUCGGCAAGAUGUACAUUUAGACAAGUCGAACGCGAUUUGCUUUAGUAUUUGCUUUCGGACUGGAGGGACGUCCUGAAACCCUGGCCUCCUUACAUUUAUUUAUAUGUGACCAUCCUGGAACUCGCGAUUGUUGGAACGUUUAAAGGCGGUCAGUGCGUCCCCCCCGCAGGCCUUGAAAGACUGUAGAAGUACACGGAGUACCUCUUUCGAGUAACCGUACCAACCGGUUCAGUUCUAUUUUCACUGCUGUCACAGUUCCAUUUCUUUUAUAAUAUUUCACUGCUUUCGAUAUUAUCGUGUGCUUUCACUGUGUGAACACUCAUGCUGUGAUCAGUGGCGCGUAUCUCGGUACACGGGAAGUCCGUGAUGUUAAAAACAAGAUAAAAGCGACGACGUUCCUAACGAGAUCGUUCAUAUCGGUCCGGUCUCCUGUGCGCCAUCGAAGUGCGUGGUCAUCGGCACCGUGGUGUCACCGAAGCAAGGUAACGACUGCACGUCAUCGAACCUCUAUUAGGAAUAUUUAGGGACGGGUAUUGCUUGUGGUGCGAAAAUCAACAGCUUCCUGGGAAAACUGAAAUAAUUUGUGAAGCCGUGGUCAAUAGCUGGCCAGUAGAACGGGUUGGUCUUACGUCUGUAUAAUUUAGCGGUGUUUGAUGUGUUUAUUUAGUUUGUUACUAAGUGACACUAUCCAGUUGAUCGAUUGCUGUGCAGUGCUGAGCAGUACAUGGUAAUAAUUUCACAUCAGCUAUAUACAGUUGGGAAAAAUGAGGAUGCUACUCGUUCGCCACAAUCGGUCUAGGAUCUACCUAGGACUGGUUGUUGCUUUCGUGGUCCUGGCUAGGGCGGCCGAAGCUCAAAAUGAUACAACGACACCAGGAGAGACUGACGAUACGACAACGACCGAAGAACCAACGACAACGCUUGUGCCAGUUCGUCAAGCCUGGGCGAAGCUCGAAAAUGGAAUGAAGAAGGUUAUUGAUGAACAACUCAGGAAAUUUUUGCCACGGAUGUUACGCGCCUCAUCAGAGGCCGAUAUGAGUGCUGAAUGCCAGGCUGCUAACUUCAAACUGUUCCAGGGACUCCGUGGCCUGAAAGCUUGGGCUUUUCAGAUGAUCGAUGCCUCGGGGCGUCCAUCGGCCGGUAUGCUCACAGGAACCUUGACGGACUUCGGUAAUUACGACGAAUGCUUGCGCGUCCGCGUUCAGGAUGAUGACGACGGCAAUGAAAUCUACAGAGGCAAAUACUGCACACUUAAGUUCACCGCACCGCUACCUCCGAGACCUAAACGUAUCCACUAUGAUAUGGACAUUUGGGCCACUCUGGGUGACAAUCACACCCUGCCGAGGGGCGGACUACUCGAACAUAUGGCGCCCCACUCAAUUUAUUUUUACCAUUUAAAUUCACAGUUGGGUAUCUGUAUACCCAGCGAGUGCUCGAGCGAUGACAUUAAAAAUCUAGCCAAUAUCAUGCUGAAAAGUAUCAACUGGACGGUAGCAGUCUCCGACUGCGAUGUCGACGAAGACUCGAUCGAGGUUCGGCCUGGCCAAAAAAUUGCCAUCGUCGCACUCGGCACAAUGGCUGUACUUACUAUUCUAGGUACUAUUGUGACAGCCCUGUAUCGGGUAACAAGCGGUGCCGACGAAACACACAGGCCCUCUGGUUUCUUGAUGGCAUUUUUCUGUGCUUUCUCCGUGUACGAAAAUUCCGUGAGGUUGUUCUCCACGAGACAACAGCCAGGUACACUAAGUGUAAUGCACGGAAUCAAGUUCUUCAGCAUAUGCUGGGUGAUACUUUGCCACGCGUACAUCUUCACAAAUCCCGAAGUUGUGGUUUCUCUCCAGAAUAUUCAACGCGAGCCGUUUAAAUGGUCAUUCCAGCUGUUAAUGUCUGGAUGGCUGGCUGUCGACACCUUCUUUAUGCUCGGGGCGUUAACGUUAGCUUAUGGCAGUAUGAAGUACAUGCAACAACAUAACGGAAAACUUUCAAUCUUCAUGUACUUCUUCCACCGUCUUUGGAGACUUGUGCCACCGCUGGGAUUCUCGAUUUGUAUCAUGGUUGUUCUACCCUUACUCGGGCGGGGUCCUCUAUGGAAAAAGAUGGUAGAGUAUCAAGGUUUGAAGUGCGAAUCAUCGUGGUGGCAGACGUUGCUCUUCAUCGCCAACUGGUCAACGAGCUACGAGACUCUCUGUUUAGAAACGACAUGGUAUCUUCAGUGUGACCUUCAACUAUACGCUACUGCUUUGUUGGUCAUAUUGCCGAUGUAUCGUCGACCGGCCCUUGCCACUUUGAUUAAUAUUGGUUUGCUGCUAGUAAGCAUCGCCAUAUUCAUGGUUGUUGUUAUCAAACACGACUUUCCACCGAUUAUGAUUUUCCUCCAUCCCGAUAUUGAGCUAAUCAAAGAAGAAGCUCAUAUUCUCUACUACAGGCCGUACACUCAUUAUGGGCCCUAUGCGGUCGGCCUCUUUAUGGGCUAUCUGAUGUUCAAGACGCCAAAAUGGAGAACAAAUACCCUGCUUGUCGUCAUCGGCUGGAUUAUAGCCAUGGGAGGGCAAUGGGCUAUCAUAUACGGUAUCCUUCCGUGGCAUCAUCGUUAUGACAGCCUCGGUCUUCCGCAGUACCUCUAUGCGGCUACUCACCGAACAUUGUGGUCCAUCACCGUUGCCUAUAUCGUAUGGGCAGUCCAUUUCGGCUAUGGAGGAUGGAUUGGUCAGUUCCUCACGUGGAAAGCGUUUGUUCCCCUUUCUAGACUGGUGUUCAUGACGUACCUGGCCCACCCGAUUGUCAUGUAUUACAAACGCGGAGCUGCUAAAGAAAGGUUUUAUUUGAGGCACUUUCCUGAAAUGACGUGGCAAUAUCUUGGCGAUACUCUCUUUUCCUUCGGUUGCGCCUAUGCGAUGUCGAUGAUGUUCGAAGUACCUAUUAUCAACCUUGAGAAAAUUAUCCUAAAACCUCUACUUGGUGGAGGUAGUGGCCGUGACGGGCGGCACCGAAUGGCAGAACGAACGAAACGCGCGAAUGGCCGAGAUCUCUCUCGGGUUUACCGUCAGGAUAUAGAUAUGAAUUCUCGCGAAUAUCAAAUGGAUCAAAUGGCCAUAACUGGCUAUAGAAGAACCAUCCCUGAAAGACUGUAACGCCCGGAUAGUAACUGAUCUUCUAGUCGCCAGCUCAUGAUUAGCUGGCUAAACAAAUGCUUGCCAAUCCGUAUCAUGAGUGAAUUAUAUAUUAAAAUAUGAGCAGAUCUAUCUCAGGCUACAGCCAGAUGAUAUGAGAGGCAACCCUCAAUGUGUAGAACCCUGAAAUUCGAUAAUUCGCGACGAACUGUCAAAACCAUAGACCUUCCAUGAUACUCUAUAGGUCUCUCGAAUCCAAAGUCCGAUGGUAGGGGUCAUACGAUGAUCCAUUUGACAAAAGAAUUUUCCGUACACGUAUCAAGUUCUCGUGUGUUGCGUUUCUAAACGUCUGUGAUGAUGCUGGCUUUGAAUGAUGAAACCAGCUCAUGCCAGAUGAAUUAUUUAAGUCAAGCAACACUUUAUCCUUCGAACCACAAUAACUUCAGAAAUUGUCAUCCUACGAUGUAAAAAAUAUCUAGAUUUUAUUUAAAAGAUAAAACUCAUAUUUUGGAACUAGCUUGGAUAAACUUUUUCAUCGAAACAAGUACCAAUACACGUCUACUCCAACGUCUGUACUGGAUCAGGGUAUCCGAAACAAUGAUAAGGAGCUAUUUUUAAAAGCUCUACAUUUUGCAGUAUGAUAUAAUAAUAAUAACACGAUUCAAUAGUAACAGGCGAAAUGAACAGAGUUUAUAUAGGCUGUGAGCGCGUGCAAAGGUUACGUGAACAUCACUCGUUACGUAUGUAAAAAGAAAGGAGAUGCAAAAAUGCACAGAGUGAGAACCGUUGCCGGCUCCAUCCAUCAUCAUGCACUCAUGGAUCAAUGGACCUGGGAGCUUGCGUCGAACGAGUCGCAUUAAAAGUGUUUUAGCAUUCGGACAAAGGUCAUUUUAACUUGUACUUUGUGACACUAUGCUAUCGAAUGAUGUGUUGAAAUGUUCCGGUUCAUAAUCUGCUAGGUACGUCUGGAUGAAUGUCACAUGAGAAGCUCAAUCAUUCCUCUAAUGAAGAAACAAUUUGUGUUAUAAACAAAGAUGCGCAAGGUGUUUGUUACGAAAAUAAAAACAAGUUAAG